AUGGCCGUUGAGCCGAUUAUAAACCCAAAUUACCUCCGUGUGAAGUCCAAAGGCGAUUCGCUUGUUGUCAAGGCCCUCCAGGCAGAUGACCAAUACGCCGCAAAGUUCUCUGAGAUUGACUUUGCUUGCUUGUCUGCUAUGUGGGCACCAUCCUGCGACGAGGAUGCCUUGCAAAUCCUUGCAGACUGGCUCAACUGGUUGUUUCUAUUCGAUGACCAAUUUGACGACGGGCAUCUGAAGGAUGACCCCAUCGGAGCUGAAGAAGAAAUCAGCAAGGUUGUGGCCAUCAUGAAUGGAACGUGGCCAUCGGUCUCGAUGCACGAAGAUCCCCUAGGAUUUUUAUUCCAGCGGGUCUGGGGCCGCCUAGAAAAGUCCCUAUCUCCUACCACACAACAGCGGUUGAAAGAAACACAUCAAGAUAUCUUUUGCGGACUAAUCCAACAGAUCUAUGAUACAGGUGAUUUACGUACAUGCACACGCGAUGUGCAAAAGUACUUGCAAAUUCGGAGGAAGACUGUCGGCGCAAGCUCAGCCUUUGCCUUCUGCGAAGCUAUUCUAGGCAUUGAACUUCCGCCACAUGUCCAGAGCCAUUCAUCCAUUCAGGGGUUGAGCAAUCUCUCAACCGACAUGUUAAUCUUCGCCAAUGACAUUGUCUCUUAUCGAAGGGACUUGGAAGAAGGAACUGACCUCAACCUAAUCGAGGUUCUUAUGGAACAGGGGAUCUCUGCACAACAGGCUGUGGAUAAAGCGGGUGAGAUGCUGAUUGAUUGCUAUAAGCAGUGGUAUACGGUGCUAGCCAGUGUGCCUAUCUGGGGAGAAGAGACCGAUCGACAGGUGUUGAAGUUUAUUAAUCUCUGGCGAGAUAUGGUAUUAGGAAAUCUACAUUGGAGUUUCAGGACGACGCGCUACCUAGGGAAUGAGGGGGGAGAAGUCCAUCGGACACGAGUCCUGCAUCUUCCCUGUUGA